AUGAAGCUCUCACCGCUCAUCCUCCUCGCCUCCCUCUGCUUCGUCGACGUCGUCACAUCCACCAUCCUCUACUCCAACCCCAAUGACGACUCGUACAGCCUCUCAAAACGCUCCCCCGCCAAAGGCAAAGACAAACCCACCCGCGGCGGCGGCGGUGGCGGUGGUCGCGACAAAGGCAAAGGCCGCGCCACCGCUAGCGGCAGCAAAGCGCCCAAAAGCAAAGCGCGCGCCAAGCCCUGCGCCUCCAUGGACCCACUCCCUGCCGGUCCCUUCGGGCACCUCUGCGCGGGGAACAACCAGCCCAACACCGCCGGGCUCCGGCGGCCGCCGCAGGCCAAGUUUGACCGUGCGGCGAUCGAGGCUGCGCUGGCGGAGGUGGAGGGUGGAAAGACGUUUAGCACGGCGACGAAGGAGUAUCCGGAUACGUUCCAUAAUACGUAUUCGAAGGCGGUGGCGGGGAGGAAGACGAGGGAGGCGGGGCAGAUGUUUCCGGCGGCGGCGACGAAAGGGGGGGGGAAGGGGGGGAAGGGGGCGAAGGGGGCGACGAGUACGGGGGAUGAUUUGAUGGAGUAUCCGAUCUUUGCGCCGGGGUAUAAGGAUUCAAUGAAGGCGGGCGCGUUUAGGAUCAUUUAUUCACACAACAGGGUCAACAAUAAGUGCAAGUUUGUUGGAAUCACCGAACAUUUGAACGGCGGCCAGGACGUGGUCAAGUGUAACCGGGACCUUCAGAGGAGGGGCAGUAUGGGUGACACGCCACACAAGGACUCGCCGCCAUUGCAGCUCCCUGCACGGAAGGGGCAGAAGGGCAAGGCGCCGCAGAAGAGCAAGACUACGGGCGGUGGCUCUCCAAAACCGGGGUUGGUGAGGUCAAAGACAUUCUAG